GAGAUACAAGCGGUUUAAAUUCUUGAAAAAUGUCUAAGAUACCAACACUCACUUGGAUCACAUAAGAGUUGAAUUUCAAAACGAAUUUUAAAUGUUUUCAACUAAAUUGCGUCAACCGUUUGUGGCCAAAUCAUUAACUAAACGAUUUGAAUAUUUGAAAAGCCACCCCAAUGAUUAAGCUCCAUAACAAACACUUUGUAAAACGUUGAAGGUUAGUAAAUGGCGAUGUGGCGAGAUUUGAUAACAGGUUUGGCCCGGGUCUUUUAAUUGCUCUUGAAAAUGAUAAGCGGCGAACCAAGGCGAAUCAUGGGAGGUGGAACGAAUUAGAUAAUGAAUUUUCAUCUGCAAACUACCAAGUACCAAACCAAGCGUGGUCAAUGUGGGUAUCAUCCGAAUCUGAGACGUAUAAAAAGGUAGAAAGGUAUCGAUACUGUCAACAGUGUCAUCCGUGGCGUCUUCCGGUGCAGUGGAACUUUCUACCAUACGCUCAUCAGUUUGUCGUGCAGAAUGAAAUAUCUUAACUUCCUGAUUGUACUGCUGAUUGCCUGCGCGAAUGAAGGAUUAAGUGCGGCAGAGGAAUCGAAUGCUCCUGUUACGGCUAAAACGCACUACAUUCCAACCGCUGUUAGCUAUGUGAGCUUCGUGAGACACAUCGUCCCAAAGCGAGUAGAACAAUCGAUGGGUCGUCCUAAGUCUUUCAAUAAAUAUGCUCCAACAAGAAACUCCGUUCAAAUCGAUCAGCCCAGCAUGGAUAUCAUGUCACCAAGCAAAACAACUCAAAAUCUUAGCUACUCCAACGGACAAACGGAAGUUCAUCGAGAGCGUACUGCGCCGUACUACAAACCUGGAAGGCGACCAACGGCAAACGAUUACCAUCCUACCUAUCCUACUACUGGGACUGCUGAACCGAUUUAUGUGCAGAGUAGAAUCCCCCUCUCACCACGACCUGUUAGUGGGACUCGCCAAGGAAACAAUCCUAUGGUGAUCGGAGUCCAACAGCCGGCCUAUGUGACGCGGUACAUACAGUACGGCGCCCUUCAUCCUAGCUCGGUACGCAAAACGCUAACUUAUGCUCCAAAGCUAGCGUAUAUUCCGCACAACUACCAGAGGGUGUGAUGAUUUCCAUUAGUUCUAAGAGAAGCUAAAAAAGAGUGCAGAAAUAAAUAAAAUACCCGCUUUGACAACUCUUCAACAGCAAUACUAAGCACUCGAUGCGUCACACCAAACCAAGCAUAAUUUGACGGCGAGUCAACGUUUGGCCUACAUUAAAAACCCUUUAAAAUUUCACCCUUCCCCCUAAACGCAUUGUUUACAGCUGUGAAGCUCAAUUCGUCAAGUCACGGUAGCUGUCCGGGCUGUCACAUACACACCGUGUGGUUACAGCUGCAAAUUCGUUUCACGCCUCCCGGAGCACCGGCAGCAGGUCUUUAAUCAACCGAUCAGCUCCGUUUCGGUGUGGUGACGACCCGGCGUGACCUUUGCGGUGGUAAUGUUUCAGGUCGAAGUUGGUUUGUAUUUAGCAUUCUUGUUAUGAAUUUGCCAACCCGGCUAGACGGCCAAAUUCCGUGAAGGUCUCGCGGAGGUCCAUGACUGUCAGGUUGGUGUGUAAGAAGGAGUUACGAAAUGCACAAAACAACUUUUGCCAGGCUCCCUUAAACUGCUAGAGAGGGUAAGAGGCAGUUUUUGCACUUAGAAAUAGAUUGAUGGUUCGAUUGAGAUUGAUACGUUGAAUAAAUAAAUUGACAUUCGUCUUUUUAGAACUUUGAAGUAGGGCAGUAAGUAGUCGUA